ACAAAACUCCCCACCGCAGGAGUGCCACCAACUCACAAGUCGCAAACCCUUGUCCUCAGUGGCAUUCCUCCUUAAGGCGGCAGCAGCCGGCAGCCCUUUUUUUCUCCGGCGAUCGUUUUCUCCAACUCUCCCAACUUCCAAAACGGAGAUGGCCUUCCCUUCCAUUAUCCAAAGCUCGAACACUCUCUCUGGUCUCUUUCGAUGUUGUUGGGUCCAUCUUCCCUUUCAUCUCCACCACAUCAGCUUUCUCUGCAAAGGAUAUCAUUUUGGCUCCAGCCUCAAUUAAUUAUCUUGAGGAGUUGCAAACUUGCAAUUGGGGGCCACCAGGACUUCUUUCUCGUAGCACAUGCCGAAAGCUCAUUGAAUUGGAAUAAACUUCAGCACCCAUUCUUCCAAAUUGGUUCCUGUAGUGUAUCGAUCUAGACUCAGAGACUGUUGUUAUCUUGCCUCAGUCAUCAUAAUCUCAAGUUUACUCUGGAGGGAAAGCAUCAAGUCAAGUUGUGAGCAACAUCUCUUCUCAAACUACAAGCACAUUUGAAGAAGACCUGCUACAGACCCCAUGCAUGACCAUUUCUGAUUUGAUCGAUUGCCACCCCUAUUAAUAUCAAUCAAAACUCCACUUGCAAUAUAAAACAGGGAAAUGAUCUAGCUGAGCUAAUAAUCAAAGCGAAGCUUAUCAUAUGAGAUGAAGCUCCGAUGACACACAAACAUUGCUUUGAAGUUGUUGAAAGGACAUUAUAGGAUUUGCUCAGAUUUCACAAUAAUGAUAGCUUGAUGCUUCCAUUUGAAGGGAAAGUUGUCGUUUUUUGUGGUGAUUUCAAACAAAUACUCUCUAUCAUGCCAAAGACAUCAAUGCAAGAGGUUGUUCGUGCUACUAUUAAUGGCUCAUUUAUUUACAGACAUUGUCACAUUCUCACAUUAACAAAAAAAAUGAGACUGCAAUGUGGUUCUUCGCAUUAUUGUAAUGUUGACAAAUUGAAAAAUUUCUGAGAUUUGGUGCUCAAAAUAGGAGAUGGAGAGGUGUUCAUUGAUAUACAUGAUGAUAUGCUUAUUACCACUUCAGGUGAUCCUAUCACUUCAAUUGUUGCUAGCACUCAUCCUUCAUUUGUGGAGAAUAUGGAUGAUCCAACAUAUUUUCAGCAAAGAGCUAUUUUGACACCCACAAAUGAUGUUGUAGCUUAUCAAUAAUUAUAUGAUUUCAUUGAUGCCGGGAGAAAUGAAGACAUAUUUGAGUUUUGACAGCCCAUGCUCACCUAAAGGAUCAACCAAUGGCGUUGAAUCUGAUGAAGUGAAUACUCAAGAGUUUUUGAACACCAUCAAUGCAUCAGGGAUACCAAACCAUAAAUUGGGACUAAAGUAUUUGUUAAAAACCGAUUCCACCCCAGGAAACGCCAUGUACGGGAAAGUAGCAAUCUUUAUUUUCUUUCGUUAAUUAAAGAUCAAAGUUUCAAAAUUCAUGUUGGGAAAUCCAUCUCCCUUACUGGAACCUGAAAAGGGAGACCCCGACGGAUUGGCCGCGGCAUUUGGCUCCAACGACGAAGAAGCUUCGAAGCUCCUCACUGUUCGAUCAGCAACCGGGGGGGUUAGACACAAGUGUCCGGCAUGCUUUAAACAAUACAAGAAAAAGGAACAUCUGGUUGAGCACAUCAAUACUUCUUACCAUUCUGUUCAUGAUCCCAAAUGUGGGGUAUGCCAAAAGCAUUGCAAAUCAUUCGAAUCCCUGCGGGAACACAUCAUUGGCCCCUUGUCCAAAGCUAGCUGUUCAACAAUAUUUGCAGAAAGAGGUUGUUCUUUGUGUUUGAAAAUAUUUGACUGUUCCGAUUCCUUAAGCCAGCAUAGAGAUAUAUGUUUCCUUCCAGCUCCUGUGCCUCUGAGAUACUGCUAAGUACCAACCUUUGGCAAAGACAAAUUUUUUCAGCCACACUUUCAAGUAUCUUACCAAGACAUAUCUGGGGUAUGCCAUUCAUGAAGGGGUACACGACACAUAUCAAGACAGCGUCACAGCGAUGAGGCUGUAUAAGAGAAUGAGGUUCCAAGACCACGAUUCGGAUCAGAAUGAAACCUUGGUGGCCCCGCACGACUCCAUGCCGUCCAUGGGCUUCAGUUCAUUCAACUCAAAGCAACUAGAAAGCAUGACACCUAGCGAGCUUCUUGAGAUAUCUAAGGCGAAUUACCAGUGUUGGUGCUUGGAUUCAAGAAUAAAAUGAUCUCUACAAACCCUUUCUUAGUGUGUGGAUCUUGCACUGGAGUAUGCUUCUAGUUGAUCAAUCCUCAUGAUUGUGUUUAUCUUUUCAGGGAUGUUUUUACUUGGACUGUUAUAUAAUAACAUUUACCAGAUCAGUUCAAACCAACAAAUUUCACUCCAAGUAAAAACAUUCUACAUACGUAAUUUGUAAACCCUGCAAUGUGUGAACUGGUAGCCAGUUCUGUUUCAAGUGACUAGCCCCAAGCCUCCAACUCACAGACGCUAAUGCAGUUCGUGAUAGCACUAUACCUGGAUGUUGGAUCGAACCAGUAAACAACCAGACCAACAGCCCGUUUCUAUGACUCUGGACAAGAAUCAGUAUCUGGAACGGUCAAAAUGGGUUCAGGAUCCCCCAAAAUAGACCUGUACUGGUUUUCAGCCCCGGUUCUUUUAUUAAAUAGGCAAAAACUUGAAUGAAAUAGGGACCGACUGAGAAUCGGAACUUGACCAUACCAGACUUUUUUCAUUGGACCAGGUUAUGAAUUAAGCCUCCUUAGGGUCUGGAAUCAGUUGAUCUAGAAUCAAAACUGAAUCUGGUUCACACCUAGUUAACCAAAAUAUUGUGUAGAAUAGCCAUUUGCCUCUAUUUCAGCCUAUUUUGUUGAAACUUGAAAGUGUAGUUUAAGACUUGAAGUUGCUGAAUCAAUUGUGUGUGCUUUGCCGAUGUACCAAUAAAAACAUCACUCACUUUCUACAUUUUC